AUGGGAAGAAACCACUUCCAAGGGAUCAUUCCUCCAUCUUUUGAAUCAUUAAGAGGUCUUCAAUAUCUAGAUCUGUCAAACAAUAAUUUGACUGGCGAAGUUCCUAAAUUUUUGGAGGUUUUUGUUUACUUGCAAUUUCUAAAUCUAUCUUACAAUCAUUUUGAGGGAGAUGUGCCAACAAACAAAGAUUUCAAUAAUACAAGUGCAACUUUCCUUGAGGGAAAUGUUCAGCUUUGUGGAGGAAUAUCUGAGUUUCAGCUUCCUAAAUGCAAAUACAAAAAAUUGAACCAGUGGAAGUUGACCUUUACCUUAAAGUUAAUAGUCUGUAUACUUUCUGGGGUUUUUGGGGUAAUUUUGAUGCUGUCCUUGCUAGUUAUUUGUUCUUUAAGUAAAAAACAAAAAGAAAGCACUUUAAGUAAUUCAGGAAAGUUUCUCUUGAAUGUAUCUUAUCAAACUCUCUUAAAAGCUACUGAUGGGUUCUCCUCCACCAAUUUAAUUGGUGUGGGUGGCUUUGGAUCUAUGUAUAGAGGAAUUCUUGAUCAAGGUCAUGAAUUUAAAGCUUUAGUAUAUGAGUUCAUGUCUAAUGGAAGCCUUGAUGAGUGGUUGCAUCCAGCUACAAGAACAAAUAAUGUUCCCGAGAAACCAAAGAAUUUGAAUCUUCUUCAAAGACUAAAUAUUGUCAUUGAUGUUGCUAAUGCAUUGGAUUAUCUAUGUCAUCAUUGUCAUACACCAAUCAUUCAUUGUGACCUCAAACCUAGCAAUGUUCUUCUUGAUGAUGAAAUGAUUGGACAUGUUAGUGACUUUGGUUUGGCAAGGUUCCUUUUUGAGGACACCCAUGAUUGUUUCACUAAUCAAUCAAGCUCCAUCGUAUUCAGAGGAACAAUGGGUUAUGCUCCGCCAGAGUAUGGCAUGGGAAAUGAGAUGUCUAUCCUUGGCGAUGUCUAUAGUUAUGGCAUACUAUUGUUAGAGAUGUUUACAGGAAAACAGCCCACUGAUGACAUGUUCAAAGAUGGCUUGAACCUUCAUGAUUUUGUUAAAACAGCUUUGCUUGACCAAGUGAUUGACAGUUUAGAUCCUAAUCUUCUUUGGGAAAGAGAAGAUGAGAUGACAUGGAUGAAUGAUAUAUUCUCACAAUCAAAAUCAAAUUAG